GCAUAAAUCACCACACACCUCGGACUCUCCAUCAUUAGCUCCUCUCUCUCUCUCUCUCUCUCUGAAAAUCUCUCUCUUCUUCGAGGUUGAGCCAUGGCUUCCUCUACAUCUCUGACCCUAUCCCAAGCUCUCUUGGCCCGCGCCACCUCUCUCCACCACGGCUCCACCCAAUCCUCCACCGACCGCGUCUCCCUCUCCACUUUCACCGGUCUCAAAUCCUCCUCCUCCACCACCCCGCUCAUCUCCUCCUCCCGCCGCGCCGCCAACCGCCGAUGCGCUUCCCUGCCCGGCCCGACCCGUGCCCGACCGGGCGUAGUCAAGGCCGUUUCCGUCGAGACCGCGGUGGACCAGGCAGCCGACACCGCAUUGGUGGAGAAGUCGAUCAACACGAUCCGGUUCCUCGCGAUCGACGCCGUCGAGAAGGCGAAUUCGGGUCACCCGGGCCUGCCCAUGGGCUGCGCCCCGAUGGGGCACGUGUUGUACGACGAGGUCAUGAGGUACAACCCGAAGAACCCGUACUGGUUCAACCGUGACCGCUUCGUCCUCUCCGCGGGUCACGGUUGUAUGCUACAGUACGCUCUUCUUCACCUCGCUGGCUACGACAGCGUCCAGGAAGAAGACUUGAAGGGUUUCAGACAGUGGGGAAGCAAGACCCCUGGACACCCUGAGAAUUUUGAGACACCUGGUGUUGAAGUCACAACUGGUCCUCUUGGGCAGGGUAUUGCCAAUGCUGUUGGUUUGGCUCUUGCUGAGAAACACUUGGCUGCUCGUUUCAACAAGCCCGACAGUGAGAUCGUUGAUCAUUACACAUAUGCUAUAUUGGGAGAUGGUUGUCAAAUGGAGGGGAUUUCGAAUGAAGCCUGUUCGCUUGCUGGACACUGGGGGCUUGGGAAGUUGAUUGCUUUCUAUGAUGAUAACCACAUUUCUAUUGAUGGUGACACCGAGAUUGCAUUCACCGAGAGUGUUGACAAACGUUUUGAGGGUCUUGGGUGGCACGUUAUUUGGGUGAAGAAUGGAAACACUGGCUAUGAUGAAAUUCGUGCUGCUAUUAAGGAAGCUAAGGCUGUGACAGACAAGCCCACUUUGAUCAAGGUGACUACAACCAUUGGUUUUGGGUCUCCAAACAAGGCAAACUCAUACAGUGUACAUGGAAGUGCUCUGGGUGCCAAGGAAGUCGAUGCCACUAGGAAGAACCUUGGAUGGCCAUUUGAGCCUUUCCAUGUGCCAGAGGAUGUUAAAAAGCAUUGGAGUCGCCAUGUCCCCAAGGGUUAUGCUCUUGAAGCUGAAUGGAAUGCCAAGUUUGCUGAAUAUGAGAAGAAGUACAAGGAGGAGGCUGCAGAGCUCAAGUCUAUUGCUAAUGGUGAACUACCUGUUGGCUGGGAGAAAGCCCUUCCUACAUACACUCCGGAGAGCCCAGCUGAUGCCACCAGAAAUCUGUCUCAGCAAUGCCUUAAUGCACUAGCAAAGGUUCUCCCCGGUCUCCUAGGUGGUAGUGCGGAUCUUGCAUCUUCCAACAUGACAUUGCUGAAAAUGUUUGGGGACUUCCAAAAGGACACCCCAGAAGAGCGCAAUGUUAGGUUUGGUGUUAGAGAGCAUGGCAUGGGAGCCAUUUGCAAUGGCAUUGCCCUUCACAGCCCUGGUCUGAUUCCAUACUGUGCUACUUUUUUUGUUUUCACCGACUACAUGAGAGCAGCUAUCAGGAUUUCUGCCUUAUCUGAAGCCGGAGUUAUCUACGUUAUGACCCAUGAUUCAAUUGGGCUUGGAGAAGAUGGCCCAACCCAUCAGCCAAUAGAGCACAUUGCAAGUUUCCGGGCAAUGCCCAACAUAUUGAUGCUCCGCCCAGCUGAUGGAAAUGAGACUGCUGGAGCAUACAAGGUUGCAGUUCUUAACAGGAAGAGACCCUCUAUCCUUGCCCUUUCUCGGCAAAAGCUGAAACAACUUCCUGGAACUUCCAUCGAAGGAGUUGAAAAGGGAGGCUACAUUAUUUCAGACAAUUCUUCUGGUAACAAGCCAGAUGUUAUUUUGAUUGGAACUGGUUCUGAAUUGGAAAUUGCUGCUCAAGCUGCAGAGGAACUAAGAAAGGAAGGCAAGGCUGUUAGAGUUGUCUCGUUCAUCUCUUGGGAACUCUUUGAUGAGCAAUCAGAUGCCUACAAGGAAAGUGUUUUGCCAGCAGCUGUGUCAGCUAGGGUUAGCAUCGAGGCUGGAUCAACAUUUGGGUGGGAGAAAAUUGUUGGAAGCAAAGGUAAGGCGAUAGGUAUUGACCGGUUUGGCGCAAGUGCUCCAGCUGGAAAAAUAUACAAGGAGUAUGGUCUUACUGCAGAGGCUGUUAUUGCAGCAGCUAAGGAACUUUCUUAGGCUUGGUUUGUUCGUCUGUCACGAAAACUUGCCAUUUGGCAAUUGGGUUUGGGUUGGGAAUUUCAAUGAGGAAACCAUUCCCUAGAGAUCUGUUUUGCAACACGGUCUCUUCUACUACAAUAAAAGGCAAGAUUAAAUUUUCUUCUGUUGUUAUGAUUCCCCAGUGGAGCAUAUAGAUCAAAGAGAGAGUAGGGUUUAAUGAAUUUUCAUGAAUUUGUAACAACUCUUGGACAUGUCUUGAGUUUUGUAAUUUUAUGUGGUUGAUUUUAACGAGCUUCUUCAUACUUCAUAAA